UUCACAACAUCCAAGAUGUCUGCCGCCAUCGCAUCCCUCGUUUCGUACGGUAGCGAUUCUGAUUCAGAGAAUGAGUCUGAAUCUCAAAGCAAUGUCGGGAAAGUGGACCCAGUGAGUCCAGACGCCACGGCUCACCUUAAACCUCUGCAGUCUGGACAAACGAUGUCUUUGGCUCUUCUCAAUUCUGCUCCCGAGGUCGCCGUUAAGGAGGCUGUGGAGACUGGCACACACCUGGACCCUUCAUUGAAAGAAGUCACUUAUAAUCCAACAUUUGAAACCAUGUUUGCACCAGAGUUUGGGCCAGUCAACCCAUUUAAAAGCCAGCAGAUGGCUGCCCCCAGGAACAUGUUAUCUGGCUAUGCAGAACCUGCUCACCUCAACGACUUUAUGUUUGAACAGCAAAGGAGGACCUUCUCCACCUUCGGUUAUGCUUUGGAUCCAUCAGUUGAUACACACCACGUAUCCACUAAUAGCUACAUUGGUGCAGUAGAUGAGGCGGAGAAAAAUAAAGGGCUAACAGUGUUUGAGAGUGGACCUAAGAAGUCAGAGAAAAGAAAAAAGGUCAAAGGUGGAGAUGCAGAAGAGAUCGACAACUUCCUUGGGCCGUGGGCGAAAUAUGCAGAUGAGAAAGAUGUGGCUAAACCAUCAGAGGAAGAGCAGAAAGAGCUGGACGAAAUCACAGCCAAGAGGCAGAAGAAAGGAAGGAACGAGGAAGAUGCUCCUGCAGAGGAGAAGACCAUUCUCCAUGUUAAAGACAUGUAUGAUUACCAGGGCAGGUCCUAUCUCCAUGUCCCACAGGAUGUGGGCAUCAACCUGCGUUCUGCGGAUGCUCCAGACAAGUGUUACCUGCCUAAGAAACAGAUUCAUGUCUGGUCUGGACACACCAAGGGUGUCAGUGCUAUCCGACUGUUUCCUAACUCUGGUCAUCUGCUGCUCUCUUCCUCCAUGGACUGUAAAAUCAAGCUGUGGGAAGUGUAUGCAGAGAGGAGAUGUGUACGGACGUUUAUUGGCCACAGCAAAGCAGUGCGAGACAUUUGCUUCAACAACAGCGGGACCCAGUUCCUCAGUGCUGCCUAUGACCGCUACUUGAAACUCUGGGACUCUGAGACAGGCCAGUGCAUCUCCCGCUUCACCAACAGGAAGGUACCGUACUGCGUCAAGUUCAACCCAGACGAGGACAAACAGAAUCUUUUUGUGGCCGGCAUGUCAGAUAAAAAGAUUGUUCAGUGGGACGUCAGGACAGGUGAGGUGGUUCAGGAGUACGACCGUCACCUGGGAGCAGUAAACACCAUCACUUUUGUUGAUGAGAAUCGUCGCUUCGUCAGCACGUCGGACGACAAGAGUCUCCGAGUUUGGGAGUGGGACAUCCCUGUGGAUUUCAAGUACAUCGCUGAGCCCAGUAUGCACUCCAUGCCAGCUGUGACACUCUCUCCCAAUGGUAAAUGGCUAGCAUGCCAGUCUAUGGACAACCAGAUUCUGAUCUUUGGGGCCCAAAACCGCUUCAGACUGAACAAAAAGAAAGUCUUCAAAGGCCACAUGGUGGCUGGCUAUGCCUGCCAAGUGGACUUCUCCCCAGACAUGAGCUAUGUGGUGUCAGGAGAUGCAGAUGGAAAGCUGAACAUUUGGGAUUGGAAGACCACCAAGCUUUACCACAGGAUCAAGGCUCAUGACAAGGUGUGCAUCAGCGCACUGUGGCAUCCACAUGAAACCUCCAAGGUCAUCACGUGUGGUUGGGAUGGACAAAUCAAACUCUGGGACUAGAUUUACCGUGUAUUUGUAUGCACGUCUGUGCGUUUGAGCUUCUGGGAAUUGAUGGAUAGAACUGAAUGGAUUCACUGUUGUCCCAUAGAUUUUGUGAAAAACCUUGAGUGAAACCCACAGGGCUGGUAUCCAGUCUUAUUGUAACAGUGUAUUUUUGUAUCCUGUCGUGAGAGCUCAAAAUAUGUAUUCAUGUAUUAUCUGUACAAAGAUGAAUACAAGCUUACUUUUAAAAAAUGUUUCUACUGCAAAAGGCAUAUUUGAGGGGUACCAUGGCAUUUUUUUUUUAAGUGUUUUGUUAUUUUAAUUUGCAAUGUUCUAAGUGGUAUACCUCUGUAAUCCUUGGUAAAAACUCUUAAUUUUCAAUUGUAUGACCAUCCUUUUGUGGAAAUAAACAUUCUGUUAAUUUUACCUCUUCAGAAUAUGAAAAGGAAGUAUCGUCUCCUUGAAAAUGUGUUCCUGUGCAACACAAAAUCAUGAGGAGAAAUCCCAGACAAUUAUUUGUCUCCUUUCUUUAUUAAACAUAAAUUGAUC